UCCAGGGGUAAGUGUUUGAUAGAGAGGAAAGUGGCUUUUCACUUUCCUCAUUUGUUUGUAAGGUCCAUUUUGGGACCUGGAGCCUGGAGAUUUCAAAGCGAUUUGGGAGGGAUGAAAUCUCCAAUCCUGGGACCAGGUUUUGGGAAUGGCCAGGAUACUGAUUGCUCAGGUGUGCAUGGCUCUUUUGUAGAGUCAGGACCAGGGUUCUGGGCUCCACCCUGGCAGACAGGAGUCAGGACCAGGAUUCUGGGCUCCACCCCGGCAGACAGGAGUCAGGAGGGCUCCACCCCGGCAGACAGGAGUCAGGAGGGCUCCACC